UACUCCGGUGCGCCAAUGUUUCUGUUGUUUGAGGGGGAAUAAUAACUGUGCAGAACCAGGAUGUUCCGCCGGCUUCCCAACAUGGAGGCGUCCACAUGAAGGGGAAACGUGUCGGAUGGCCCCGCUGACAGGAUGAAGUGUUCCCGGUUCCUCCUGCAGCUCGUUCGGUCCGGCCGGACUGCUGCCCAGCGCGGGUCCCUGCUCCUGUCCCCGUCCUCCGGUCAGCUUAUUGUGCAACACAACCAACAGCAGCAGGUGCUGAGGCAAUUUCGUUGCAGCCCAGCGUCGGCAAAGAGUCAACCGGAACAUGUACGGUUUGUUAAUGACAAUGACACGAAGAAGACCAAGUCCUUGGUCACCCAGGAGGAUUUGUUUGAGCAGGUGGCCAAAGAGUCCAAAACCAAGGCCACAUUUAACCAAGUGAUUGAUGUCUUCACUAAGAGGGACAUAAGACGGCGUGGCCAUGUGGAGUUCAUCUACGCUGCUUUGAAGAAAAUGCCAGAAUUUGGAGUAGAGAGAGACCUAACAGUAUACAACAAACUGCUGGAUGUUUUUCCCAAAGAGGUUUUUGUGCCCAGAAACUUUAUUCAGCGAAUGUUCAACCACUACCCUAGACAGCAGGAGUGUGGGGUUCAGGUUCUGGAGCAGAUGGAGAGCUAUGGUAUAAUGCCCAACAUUGAGACCAAGGUCCUACUGGUCCAGAUCUUUGGGGAGAAGAGCCACCCUAUAAGAAAGUACCAACGCAUCAUGUACUGGUUCCCCAAGUUCAAGCACGUAAAUCCCUUCCCUAUUCCUCAGCCUCUGCCUGAAGACGCUGUGGACCUGGCUGUCUUGAGCCUGACUCGCAUUGCCAACGACUUGGAUGCUAAAACUACAGUUUAUCAGCUGCCCUUCACUGACAUCACUGAAAGUGGGGAAGAAAUCAGCUUUCCACAUAUUGUAGGCAUUCAGAGCCCCAACCAGAUGGAGCUGCUGGCCAAGCAUAACCCAAACAGGCCUGUGUUUGUGGAGGGGCCCUUCCCCCUGUGGCUGAAGAAGACUUGUGUCUACUACUACAUCCUCAGAGCUGACCCCACGCCUCCUGAAGAAAAGGAAGAGGAAGUCUACGAUCCAGAGCGCUGCUUCUACUACCCUCUGCAGCUUGAUCUGGAUUUGGACCGUGACCUGGGGGACGAGGAGAACUUUGAUGUGGACGACUUGGAUGAAGGUCCAGUCUUCGCCAUGUGCAUGACCAGCCGGGGAGACCAGACCACUCUGAACCAGUGGAUCUCUGGCCUCCAGCAGAACAACCCCAUCCUAGGGAGAAUUCCCACUCUGUUCCGCCUGGAUGCUGGAACUCGGGAACUGGAAGGAGUGGCGGACACAGAGGCAGGUCAUAGUCAUCGACCUCAUCCACAGAGCCAAAGGGAAGACGGGCCGCCUGCUGAAGAUCCUGAGGUUGCAGUGGAGGAGGAGAAGCCCAGGAGAAGCCAGGGGAUGAAACAAUGAACUCUUCAUCACAGAACUGGAAAACAAACUGUAUUUCUGCUGUGAUGUAUUUGUUUCUCCAUGGUAGAGUUAGACUUGUAUAAAGCUAGUUAAUUUAAUGUACAAACACAUCAGAGCGGUUCAAAUGGUUAGUAUAUCAUCUAAAACAUAAAUCUGUGUUGCUGUGGAGUCUCACUCCUCUUCUAUCCUUAGAAAACAAUCUGUAGUUAUUUUUUGUGUAAUCAUGACAACUGCUGUCAUAUUUACUUCUAAUGCUUUCAGCAUCCUUCCAACUAACAUAAAACAUGACAGAAAAACGCCACAGCAUUUCAACAACAGACCAUAUCAGGUCUACAAGAUUGUCUGCAAUGUGAGGCUGCAGUAAACCUAAAAACUAAUAAUUACAGGAUCAAAUGAAAAGUCAUGAGAGAAAUACAAAAGGUUUUUAUUGCUCAGAUCGGAUCAGAAAAUUAAACUGACUUUUCAAAACAAA